GACGACCCGGCGAUAUUUUUUUUUUCUUUUUUUUUCCGCCUACUGACGUCUACCGUUUGCAAUCAGCACCAACUCAACGGAUCAGCCACGAGUUUUAUCGCAGACACCACGACUCUCGAUUAAUCGCGACCGCGUGCGUAAUCAUGACGUAGCGAUAAAUCGAUAUAUCGAUAUUUAUUGUAUUUUAAAUCGGCCAUUUUGACAAGUGAUCUCUUUAAAGUGUAUAACGAUGAGCGCGUCCUGUCAAAUUAUUUGCGAAUGGAACGUUUAUUAGAUACGCACACGCGAUUUAGGCGAGUCGUACUUUUGACGUUUUAUUGGGGUUGACAGCUGAUCAGCUGAUUGUCAGCGCCAGCGCCUCGAUGUGAUACUUAUGACGUCUUUCGUGCCUCUCGAGAAAAUAUAGCCUAUAUACGGAGAAGGAAAGCCGUUAGAUUAUUUCUACUCGAGUAUCAGAUUAAACAAAGCGAUAAAUCGAUAUAUCGAUAUUCAUUGUAUUUUAAAUCGGCCAUUUUGACAAGUGAUCUCUUUAAAGUGUAUAACGAUGAGCGCGUCCUGUCAAAUUAUUUGCGAAUGGAACGUUUAUUAGAUACGCACACGCGAUUUAGGUGAGUCGUACUUUUGACGUUUUAUCGGGGUUGACAGCUGAUCAGCUGAUUGUCAGCGCCAGCGCCUCGAUGUGAUACUUAUGACGUCUUUCGUGCCUCUCGAGAAAAUAUAGCCUAUAUAUACGGAGAAGGAAAGCCGUUAGAUUAUUUCUACUCGAGUAUCAGAUUAAACAAAGCGAUAAAUCGAUAUAUCGAUAUUUAUUGUAUUUUAAAUCGGCCAUUUUGACAAGUGAUCUCUUUAAAGUGUAUAACGUUGAGCGCGUCCUGUCAAAUUAUUUGCGAAUGGAACGUUUAUUAGAUACGCACACGCGAUUUAGGUGAGUCGUACUUUUGACGUUUUAUCGGGGUUGACAGCUGAUCAGCUGAUUGUCAGCGCCAGCGCCUCGAUGUGAUACUUAUGACGUCUUUCGUGUCUCUCGAGAAAAUAUAGCCUAUAUACGGAGAAGGAAAGCCGUUAGAUUAUUUCUACUCGAGUAUCAGAUUAAACAAAGUUCUUUCUGAGCAUACAAUUGCGAAUAUCGCAGCAUUUUCCUAAAAAUCUCAUACAUAUAAAAUACAUGUAAAAUGACGAAUAUAUGGGAAAUACAUAUGCUGAAAGAGGAAUGCUCACUCCAACAUAUUGUGCAGGGGAGAACAACAGUUUCUAUUGAUGGCAGUGACAAUUACUCACCGGAAAUUAAUGAAAGGAUGCGUCGACAACUUCCUGCGAGACGUCAAAGUUAUACAGCAGCAUUCAAUACACGAUUAUACAAGGUUAAAUGGAAAGUGAAAUUAAUAAAAUGCUUUCCUUUUUCCAUUCCUUUUCUGGAUGUUUAUAGGUAUAUACAUCCCUUUGGCCGAAGCCAAACCCGGCCGAUGGAAAUAAAUGAUGACAUGCGAUAGCACACUGAGAAUAAAGUGACCCAAGUGAGGGAGAGGAUGCAAGGUUUAGGAUGGAACACAGCUCGCAGGAGCAGUAAUAUCGAUCGAUCGGAGUGGAGUUUGAGGCUCGCGACAGGUCUCGUGUCUGGGCGCGAAAGCGAGAGAGAAUAGGGAAGUGGGAAUGCAGGAGUGAGCGCGAACAGGAGUCGGGUCGCGGAGAGGUCCGAUUCGGCUAUGAGAAAACGAAUAAACGAUUGAUGUUAGGCAGUGGGAGAUAACAUCGAUGUAGAAAAUGGAAGACACAUCCUCGAGAAUACGUCCUUACUUGGACUGGGAUAACGAAGACAAAUACUCUGUGGCGAAUAGUCAAGCGCCCUUGGAGGACGCUGAAGAUGAUCAUCCGGAGCGUGGAACCUGGACGGGAAAAUUUGAUUUUCUAUUAUCCCUUCUGGGGUACAGCGUGGGCCUGGGAAAUGUCUGGAGAUUUCCGUAUCUCUGCUACUCAAACGGCGGCGGUGCUUUUCUGAUACCGUUCACCGUGAUGCUCGUCAUCGCUGGAUUACCUCUCAUGUUCAUGGAACUUUCUUUAGGACAGUAUGCCAGUCUUGGACCAGUGGCAGCUUACAAACAGUUUUGCCCCUUACUUCGUGGUUUAGGAUACGGAAUGGUCCUUGUUAGUUUCGUCGUCAUGCUCUAUUAUAAUUUAAUCAUCGCCUGGACGCUAUAUUACAUGUUCGCCUCAGUUCUUGGUGGUUGGGAAUUACCCUGGAGUAAAUGUGAAAAAGAGUGGAGCACCAAGGAUUGUUUUAUGCCAGACGCUGCUGAGGCUUGCGCUUCUCAAAACGUUUCUUACUUCAAAGGAAAAUGCCUCAAUUCAACUCAAAUGACUGCGAUGGGUUUAAUUGUCGAGAACAUGACUAGUGUAAUCAAAAGACCGCCAGCUGAGGAAUAUUUUCAGAAUCAUGUAUUAGGAAUUAGUAGUGGGAUCGAAGAAACGGGAUCAAUUCGACCAUUCAUGGCAGCAUGUCUUUUUUUGGCAUGGAUUAUUGUAUUUCUUUGUCUGAGCAAAGGCGUUCAAAGCUCAGGCAAAGUCGUUUACUUCACCGCUCUUUUCCCAUACGUCGUUCUGGUCAUCCUUUUUAUUCGUGGAAUUUUACUUCCUGGCGCUAACGAAGGGAUACUUUUUUAUCUGACUCCCGAUUGGAGAAGAUUAAUGUCCGCCAAAGUGUGGGGAGAUGCUGCGGUACAGAUCUUUUUCGCUUUGAGUCCAGCCUGGGGAGGUUUGAUCACUUUAAGCUCGUACAAUAAAUUCACCAACAACUGUUACAAAGACUCUUUGAUUGUGGCAAUCAGUAAUAUCGGGACUUCCUUCUUCGCCGGCCUGGUCAUCUUCUCGGUGAUUGGUUUCCUGGCUUAUGAACUCGAUGUACCAGUGGCGUCAGUGGUAGAUGAAGGUGCUGGUUUGGCGUUUAUUGUUUAUCCGGAGGUUGUGACGCGUCUGCCGAUUGCACCCGUUUGGUCGCUACUGUUCUUCAUCAUGCUGCUCACCUUGGGUCUCGAUUCGCAAUUCGCUCUGAUGGAAACUGUUACUACGGCGAUACUCGACGGCAUCCCUACAUUGAGAAAUUAUAAAAUUUGGGUCGUUCUAGGAACUGCAGUGAUCGGCUACAUCGGUGGCGUCAUUUUCACCACCAACGCCGGUAUGUACUGGUUGCAAUUAAUGGACAAGUAUGCUGCCAAUUGGUCCGUUUUGUUGAUCGCAAUUAGCGAAUGCAUUCUCGUGGCAUGGAUAUACGGAGCGGAUCGUUUUCUGGACGAUGUUCAACAGAUGAUCGGGCCUCGAGGUCGUUUAUGGAGAUUUUUCUGGACGUGGAUGUGGAAAGUUAUCACACCUGCUGCAUUAUUCUUCAUCCUUUGCUUCAAUUGGGUGAAAUACGAACCGGUGAAAUAUGGAACUUACAUUUAUCCAAAAUGGGCGGAUGUAUUAGGCUGGGUUAUCACUAUGCUUCCCGUUUUAGUUAUUAUCGGUUUAGCUAUAGUUCAGCUAAAAGGGCAGCGUGUGCAAUCAUCAGCUUACGAUGACGAUGACGAAGACGACGAUGAUGACGACGAGCACAGCAAUAACAGCGAGUCUUACGCAAAAGCAAAGAAAGGAAAUGGCAAAAAUAAAAGUGUAUGGAAUCGUAUAAAAGUAUUGUUACAACCAACAUCCAACUGGGGUCCGGCAUCGCGAAGUUUUUUGACAUCUUCCAGAACUUUGACUCGUACGCCCUCCUCAGCACCCCCUGGAACGUAUGACUCGGUACGAGAUACGAUUAUUUUGGUGAAUGGUCAACCGAUGAUCGUACAACCGCCCAGCGUCGUCACUACUACUCAGAAACUUCCCGGACCAUCAAUUCUUAAGAACUCUAGUAAAACUGAUUUAAUUACUUCGCAGCAGGUAUGAUAUAACACAUUUAUAUUACAUACAAUAACAAAAUCUUAGAAUAACUUUAACAAAGAAACAGUAUGUCCACUGUUAGGUGCACUGUUAGGAUUCGAUAGUGUUAAGUUAAUCUAAUCGAAUUGGACAAGUAUUCUCACAUAAUGUUGACAAUCUAUUACGAUUUUUUAUCAAUAUGAUGAGAAUUAUUUUAUUGUAUUUUAU